UAACGAUCUGACAGCAGAAUCAUUGUAAUAUAUCAGGUGGAAAUAUAUUUAUCGGCAAACUUCUCUGGUGAAUUGAAAUUUCGAACCCAUUUUGCAGCAAUCGAUUGCUUUUGGAACGCCAUUUUCUUCGUUGCCCAUCGCGCGAUUAAAUUUUACUUGGCAUGAAGUACUGCGAUGAAAUAAACCGAAGAUUAUAUAAAACUCGUACAAUACGGAAAGAAUUACGUAUAAUAAAAAAAUCUCAAUAAGUAUUACUGCAUUAUAGAGUGAUACGCACUUAUAUAUACUGUUAUAUACGAUAGGCGACUUAUUUUCGUGAACACUACGUUUUGGAUAAAAUGUUCAUGUUAAACCAAGGUAGUGCAGUAACAAUGAAGUGUUUGAUAAAUGAUUCGGUUUAAUUCCAUUCGUUGAUCGAUUCGUUGUAUGCGCCAGUUACGUCAUAAAGUCAGUUCUCAAUAUUAAGUGCAACGUCAGUAACGUUUUACUCGGAACUCGGAGUGUCAUUUGUCUCGGAUUGUAAGAUUAAAAAAUUACGUUUGAAGAUUGACGAGAAAAUGGAGAAUUCAGGGGCGGUUAUGAUAGAAGGAGAGGACUAUGAAGUAGUAGAUGAAUGUAUCAAAGAAGAAGAUAUAUCUAAUACUGUGCAAAAUAAACCUACAGAGAACUCUGCAAAUGUUGGAGAACCAUCUAAAGAUACUGUACCUGUAAAUGAUAAAGUACCAAAUGAAAAUGUUAAACAAGAUGAAGAACCACUAUGCAUAGAUUUAACAGAUGAUGUACCACCAAAUAAUUUGAGUAUUAAUAAUAAUGAUCGAAACAGUUCAUCAAAUGUAGAAAUUAAACGCUUAGAACAAGCAAAUACAGAAAACAAAUGUUUGGAGCAACCAAAUGCAGAAGAGAAAUCCUUAGAACAAGCAAAUGCAAAAAACAAAUGUUUAGAGCAACCAAAUGCAGAAGAGAAAUGCUUAGAACAAGCAAAUGCAGAAAACAAAUGUUUGGAGCAACCAAAUGCAGAAGAGAAAUGCUUAGAACAAGCAAAUGCAGAAAACAAAUGUUUGGAGCAACCAAAUGCAGAAGAGAAAUGCUUAGAACAAGCAAACGGAGAAAACAAAUGUUUGGAGGAAUCAAAUGCAGAAAAUAAAUGUUUGGAGCAACCAAAUCAAGAAAAUGAAUGUUUAGAACAACCAACUGUAGAUUCAAUAGAUUUUACAGCUGAUAUUAGUUUAGAUCAAUUGAAUGAACAAAAAGAUAUAACAGAUGAAGAUGUUUUAAAUCAUUUAGAUGAAAUAGAAAAUAUAGUCUUUGAUACUUCUGAUUCUCAGAAACCAGAGGAGAAUAAUGAUUCUAAAAUUGGAAUGAUAAGUUUGGAUACUUCAGAUUUUGUAAAAGAAGAUGAAAGUAAUGAAUCAAAAGAAAAAAGUGUAGUCUCCAAUUCUGGAACUAAAGAAAUUAUCCAAGUAACUGAAUAUAUUACUAUUGAUAAGAGUACUUCUUCCAAUGAUACUACAAAUAUGGAAUUAGAUGAAAAAGUAGAAGAACCUAUAACAUAUGAUUGGUAUGAGAACAAGCUUGCUGAGAAAGAAAUAAUUAUAAAAGAACGACUAUCGAAAGUGUCCAGAGUUCUAGGAAUUUCUUAUCCAUGUUAUGAACAAUGGUUAGAAAGGGAAGAAAAAACGAAUGGAUCUCCUUUAUGCAAAUUGAAACCAGCUCGACGAUGUUGUUUGAAAAAACCAUAUACUAACCGUUGGAAAUUUAUCUGCUGCAGAAAAAGGGUACAAGAUUCUCCAAAGAAGACAAGUGAUGCUGAUACUUCUUUUACCAAAAAUACUGAGACAUCCUGGAAAUUAGAAGCAAGUGGGGCAUGGGGUGCUAAUAUAAAUAAUGAAUCCGAAUUUCCACCUUUUGUAUUGCGCGCUGUUAAGAUAUUUGAAGAAUUUCUUCAAACAACUGAACAACCAAGUAACCAGGAGAGUGUUAAUGAAAAUUUCUCUGAUGAUAUAUCUGUAGAGAUGGAAACAAAAAAGGAAGUAUUUGUUGAAGGUAGACAGGAAUGGUCAUGGUUACUGGUACGUUGUAAUAGCAUGGAUGAACUUAUGCUAUUUGCAACUGGAAGAAAUAUUAGUCGCGCUACAAUGGACCGUUUAAAGCAAGUUUAUGAGUCUGGACCAGGAAAAGAUUGCAAUGUAAAGUCUCUUUAUUGCAAAUCCACGAAUAAGUGUGAUGAUACUACUGUCACAGAUACAACAUUUUUGGUAGGAUCAGAAGCUUUAGAUGAAGUUGUGGGUGGAUUAAAAGUGCAACUUGCACCUAAAACAAAUUUUUGGUCGAAUACGGCGGGAGCAGAAAAUGUUGCAAACGCAGUAAUGGACUUACUUGCACCUCACCCUAAGUCAAUUUUGCUUGAAAUAGGAUGUGGUAUUGGUCUUAUUGGGUUGAUGAUGGCAUCUAAAUGUCAACAAGUGAUAGGAGUGGAUUCUCCAUCAGAAGUUGAAGAAGCUGAAAUGACUUGCGAAUUAAAUAAUAUAAAAAAUGCCUCAUUCAUUAUGGGAUCUCCCAGUGAAGUAAUAAGUAAAAUUGUUCCAGCAGUGAAAAACCGCAAAACAUGUGCAGUAAUUAAUGCGAAUACUAACCUUGGUCGAGCAAUUGAGGUUAUGACAUGUCUCAGGAAAAUUCCAUCUCUCAAACGAAUAGUGAUGAUAACCACAUUAACGAAGCAAUCAGUUCGUGCUAUAUUAGAACUAGCUCGUCCUGUAGAUAAUAUUAAUUUUGGGUCACCAUUCAUUCCAAUAAUGGCGUGUGUUGUUGAUACUUUACCACUUGGUCCUCAUUUUGAAGCUGUUAUCUUACUACAACGGCGGGUAAUAACUAAAUUGAAUCAAUGGAAUAAGAAAAAUACAGAUGAAAAUGUUAAAACUCCAGAAACUAAAAACGCUCAAAUAAAGAUAGAUGAGCAAAGUAUCAAUGGAGCAGAUAAAAAAAUUUUAAACAAAGAGACUGAGAUUCGGACAAAAAGAAACUUUAUUAAAUCAUUCAAAUAUCCUGCAAAAAAAACGAAAAUGCAAAUAAAGAAUCCGAUUUACACAAAAAGUACCGAAAAUGUAAUUGUAAAAAAUAAGUUCAAGGGUAAACGUCCUCAUUCCCCGGACAGAAGUGAAGCACCGCCGAAAAAAAUAAUGAAGAAAUUUGCUAAAUUUGGAACCAAAUCUUGGCAAAUGGAUUUAUCAACAAAAAAGAAAAAAGAAUGGACCACUGAAAACUCACAAUUGCGUAUCAAUCCGCUUCAUGAAAAGAAAUUACGAGAGCACAAGGAGCAAACUGAUUUAAGGAAAAGAUUAUCUAGCAAUCGAUUCGACCCAGAUAUCGCUCAAACAGUAAAGGUGCAUCAAGAUCUUUUAGAAAUGGCAAAAGAAAAAUUAAGUGGACCGACGCCGACUGUUGACGUAAAUACUGCAAAACAAUUACAGAACAUGUUGAAUAUGGUUUUGGAGCAAACAAAUAAACUCCAAAGUCAACUUCCACGCUCUGUUUGGGAUCGUAUUGCACCACCAGAAAAUAUGAAUGUAGAUCAACGAGAUCUUAAACUGGAAGAUCCUCUUUUGAAGGGGCGAUAUGUCCAGGAAGUGGGCUCCCAAGAUAUAUUAAUUACAACGUCAAAUAAAAAAUGUUCGAAUAAUGAGGAGCCCGUGGCAAAACCCUUUUACAAAAAAUACAAUAACUUACCGCCUUUAGAACCGAAUACAGUAAUGCCAGUUGGACCACCUACUGAUUACAGAACAGGCAAUCCGUUUCGCACAAGUCCGGAGCGAUAUCAUGAAACGGACAUGCAACAACAAACUGAAGAAAAUCCUUGGAAUCUAGAUAACACAUCAUUCGAAAGAAAUCGUUGGAAUGAAAUGGGAAAUAUGAGAAAACUAAUGUCACCUAUGAGAAGACAAACUUCUCCAAUAAAACAUAGAGUAUCUCCCCAAAGAUUUUCACCUAAACGUCCAUUAUUAUCUCCUCCAAGACGUCCGUGCUCUCCUCCUAGAAGGCAUUUUUCUCCCAUUUGUCGUCCAUCUUCACCGUAUAGACAACGUUCUCCUUUAAGACGCCAAAUGUCCCCUCCAUUAAGGCGACCUAUGUCGCCAUCAAGACGAAUGUCACCAACAAGGCGACUCUUGUCACCUAGACGUUCAACAUCAUCUCCACGGCGAAACGAAAUAAUGAUGAAUCGGCCAAUUUCACCAUUAAGACGUGAACUAUCACCUCCAGGACGACAGAUGUCUCAGACGAGAACAACUAUGUCUCCUCCUAGGAGGCAACUAUCUCCAAUGAGGCGACAAAUGUCUCCUCCAAGAAGACAAAUUCUUUCUCCAAAUAGAAUGAUAUCUUCCAAUAGGCAAGAAAUGUUACUUUCUAAGCGACAAACAAUGCCACAAGAAAAACAACAAAUGAGACGUGCAGAAUCACCAUGCGGAUUUGCUUUUGGACGUACCGGCUCGUCACCAAGAAGACAACAAUCUCCACACAGGCGACAAAUGUCACCACAGCAGAGAUAUGUCGAUGAUUGGGAUAUACCUAGCAGAGGAGCCAUUGAACAAAAUACUUGGACUCGAUCUGUUGAAAGAAUGGCGGAACAGAAUAUGUGGCAAAAUGAAAAACCUUCGACAUCCAAUAACAGUUGGGAUCAAACAUUGCCUAACGAUAGACGUCGUAAAACCUUCAGUCAAGAGAAAUGGGAUUUUAAAGUUUUUCUUCGCGAUGAUACGCGGAACAGUGGUGCAAAUAAUUGGAAUUCUAAACCUAUGAUUAAAGAAACAUGGCCUUCAAGUUCUGAUAACAGAUGGUCAAGUACGUCUAAUGUAGCUGGAAGUAGUAAUGAUAAUUGGAAUAUUCGUGGAAAAGAAAGUUUCAAUGCUCGCAAAGAAUCGUGGAUGGACAAAAAGAAACAAGGUAAAUGGGAAUCGGUAAAUGUUAAGGAUUCUUGGAAACAAUCUGACAAAGAAGAUUUAGAUGAUCUACCGGAAGAUGCAAGAGAUCCUUGGGGUGACGAUGGUAAUGUAGGUUUAAAAGAAAGGUGCUAUAUAUUUGAAAAUCCCGAUACAUCAUCCUCGUGGAAAAGAGAAAGCGAACAACAGGGAGAUGGUACUUGGUCAAAUCAAAAAGAUAAUUGGCAAAAUAAAGGGUUACCUUUUAGUACGAAACCUCAAUGGCAAAAUAAUGGAAUGCAAAACGUUGAGGGGUCACGUUGGAUUGGAAAGAAUACGGGAUCUUGGCAAUCUCAACAUUCAAAUUUUCAACCACGUUCAUUUUCUACCACUCAGUUUAAAGGUUUACAUUAAGAGUUACGUUCCUUAAUUUGAUAAUUUCAAUUAUUAACAAUUUGCUAGAAAGUUCGUAUUGUUAUGCAACUCGGGUCACAAAGGGGAAACCAUAAGGUUUUUUUUACGUUCAAAUAAAAAUGAAACAUAUUUAAAAAUUACAGCAACAGAUAAGAAUAAUUGAAACCAAAAAUAUGUAAUCUCAUGUUACAUUACGCAAUCAUCACUUGAUGUAAGCUAUGUUCCAUGAAUUAAUUCAAAUUUUGUUUUACUUUUCAAAUUAUAUUUUUUUUUUAUAUUGAAGAUACUAAUAAAGUAUCAUAAGUAUUAACUCAAAAUAUGGCAUAGCUUUCACAGGAGUUAUAAAUCUAAUAUGGUAUUAUAACAUCUGAUAAAUGGUAUUUAUGAAUCUCCUUUGAGACAGUGUAAAAAGUAAGUUUAUAUUGUACUUUUCAAAUAAAACUGCAUUUACAUAAAAAGAUAGUCGACUUAAUUGUACUUGACACAAAUUUUUAAUUAUUUUAAUUAACGUAUUAAGCAUACAUGAACAGUGGAAUCCUUUACGCGAAUCCAUAGAUAAGCGGUUGUGCCUAUACUUACGUCUGUAUACAUAUUCUGUAUGUAUGUAUGUAUGUAUGUAUGUAUGUAUAAACAUAUUAAAUAAAAUUUUCUUUUCUUCAAUUUUU